AUGGCGCGGCAGUGGUGGCUAGGGCAGCACCCAGAAGCCCUUUGCCACGAGAACCGGUCUCGCUUCAACAUCAACGUCAAGCUGCCGUCAAGCAAUAUGAUCGCUCUGACCUGCAGCGCAAUCUUAGUUGCCUUCCAUGAAGCAUUGGCAGGCAAUACCACCAUCAACUUCGACGAGAAGACUUAUGCCACGGACGCAUUUGCUGGCAUUGCCCAUGACAAGAGCCAGAGGGACAAGGGCAGCACCCAGGAAGUCAAUGAUGGUAUUGACAUGCAGGCAGUUCUCGGCCGAUGGGGCAAGAAGAAGGCACCGGUGUCCACUGUCUCGGGUGUACAGUCACAGGCUGCUCAAGUAUUGUAUCCCCUCCCUCCAGUCGCGAGCAGCUCCAAGACCAAGUAA